UUUACAACAGUAGGUUAUUGAAAACAAUGGCUACAAAACCAUGGUUAUUUUGUGGUAACCAUGAUUUUACUACAGUAACCAUGUAACAAUUUUUGUUUUAACCCUGGUUUAAGGUGCCAGUAACUGGUUUAACCUGGUCCUCCGAGCCCAACAAGCUAAGUCCAGCUUAAAAAGAGUCCAAAACACAGCUAGACCAGCUUGCUACACCAGCAAAAACCAAGCAGGGAGACCAGCUAAAACCACUUUACCGGCUUAUGCUGGUCUUAGCUGGAUUUUUCAUAAUACAUCAAUGCAGUGUUUUACAAAAACUUUUUAUUUUGAAAAAGCUCCACCAAACAGCAUUUAUUAGUCAUUUCUCAAUGCAAAAAGUUGUUUCUGAUAAGCUACAGAGAAAAAAUGAUAUAAUGAAAAAAUAUACAUUGAAUAUUAAUUGUAGAGUUUAAAAAGCAAGACAAAUUUUUGGUUCCCCAAAUAUUUGUUUCACACCUUUUUAUAGUCUUAAAUAUAAAAAAACUAAUAUUAAAACAUAUAUUUGUAACUAAGUUUAAAAUAUAGGGGGUUUAUUUUCAAGUAAAAAUUUAAAACAACAACAACAGAACAUCUUUACAUACAUAAGUAUAAAAUGUAAACAACAAAACAUAACGUAAUUAAUGCAAAGCAGAAUAAACUAAGUUAUAAAUCGUAAUUAUUUUUAAUGUGGUGUGGAUAUUUAUCGUUACUUAUUUACACUCAUUGUUUUGCUUAUAUUUUCUUUAAUAAUAAUCUUGGAAAAAAAUGUAUCGUUACUUAUUACGUCAGCAGAAAGUGACACGCCCACCACCUCACGUAAGUUCUGGAGUUGUCUGUUACCAACUGAACUGGUCGCGUGGCUGCAAAAAGUUUAAAUCAAGAUGGCAGAUGUCGUUCACAUGAUUGACACAGAGGUCUUCCUGGCCUUCUCUACUUAUGCAACCAUAGUCAUCCUCAAAAUGAUGCUGAUGAGCCCCAUAACUUCUUACUUUCGCUUAACAAAAAAGGUCUUUGCAAACUUGGAGGACACCGGCUUGGUCAAAAUCACAGAAGACAGGAAGAAGUUUGUCAGGGUGGAUCCAGAUGUGGAACGAGUGCGACGAUGUCAUCAAAACGACCUGGAGAACAUCGUUCCCUUCGUGGUAAUCGGUCUUCUGUACGCUCUCACGGGUCCGGAUCUCUCCACGGCUCUGUUGCACUUUAGGGUGUUUGUGGGUUCACGGUUUAUCCACACGGUGGCUUACCUGAUGUCUCUUCCCCAGCCCAGUAGAGCUCUGGCGUGGAUUGUGGGAUUGUUCACAACCUUCUCCAUGGCCCACAGGGUCCUCACUACAGCACUUUUCCUUUGAUAGCUAGCAAUCGGAAACGUUUAGGGCAGUACACGACUUGAAUGGCAUGCGUGUGUGUUUUAGGAAGCCAAUUACAAUGCUGCAUGUGUGUCAUUUGUUAAGUUUUUUUUAGGCCUUUAGGAAACUCUUUGGUUCUACUUCAAAUGUUUACUUAGGAAAAUAAUGGUUGUGAUGUGACCUCCUGUUAUGCUGAGGUGAUUACAAAUUGACAUCAUAUCUUGUGAAGAAGUUUUUAGGAUUAAAUAAAGUUUAAACAGUUCUGACA